GCUUGAGAGGAUAGACAUUCUACCCCACGUCGGUAUUAUAUACCCCUACACCUUGAGAAGGAGAUCACUCCGUCUUCGUGAAUCUCUUCCCACGAGCGCAAAUCACACAUUCCCUGGUCUCCCGUAGUGCAAUCAAGCACUUGAUAUACCAACAAUGGAAACAGAUAUACUGGAACAAGUGCAAAAUUUGUAUCCUACUCGUCGGCCGAACGAAGCUGCCUUGUUCAUCGAGAAUAGAGUGAUUCUCUCACAGGAAAGCGAUUUACCAAUCUACGAAAGUCAACUCGACCAGUUCGUAUCCAGAGAAGCAGCGUACAAACAGCAAAUAAUCAGUGCAGAACUAUGGAAAAAUGCAGAUGAAGAAAAAGAGAAACUCUUUGCUCUGGUGGAACAAGUUCAAGCCAAACUCAGCAAGACCAAGGUUCCACAGAAGAACACUAAAUUGAGGAGUUGCAAAUGGGAGGAAGUGAUAUCCGAAGUGAAAGACACGAGUCAAAAGUGGAAGACCUCCCCCAGUCGGACGGCGAGAGCACGCAGAUGUGUUGAGAAACUGGGCCAGGAUUCGGGAGCGCUUCAAGCUUGGGUGGGGCUUUUACCUGCUGGAGAUUAUGGGUCGAGCAUCUGUGGAGCAUUCAAGCUUGCGAUUGGGGCUGCAAGCCAAUUACACAAAGUUGAAGAUUGCAUUUUCGACGCCCUUGUCGAGAUCCCGGAAUGUAUGGAGAACGCCCGAAGAUAUGUUUCGAUCUACAAAGAUCACCCCGAUCAAUACUUAGAGCGCAAAACAUUCGACCUCUACCUAGCCGUCCUUAGAGCACUAAGUCACAUAAUGCAAGCCUUUGCAGAUGACGGAAUUCACAGAUUCUUGGGCUCGAUGGCAAAACAAUCUACAUACAAAGAAGAGCUUUUCAAAUCUGUUCAAGAGGUCAAGAAACUCUCAGGGAAGAUCAAGGAAGAAGCGCAGCAGUGCUUAGCUGAACGGCAGGCGCGAAUGAACAAGACGAUCGAUGAGACGCAUAGAAGUGUUGACAAGACAGAGAAACUUGUACAAUCGAUCUACUGUAUGCUGGUGGAACGAAUGACGAGCGAGAGCAAAGGUCUUGCACUAGCAAACCUCCAAGCGAGUGCUGGAAGUACGCCCAAGAAAGCAAUCAUGGGACCUCAUCAAAGCCUAAAAGAAACAAAGAAACUCCUCAAAAUGCUAGACUACAACGCCAGGCUUCCAGCUGACGACCUGGAGGCCUGCCUCAAGCUUGCCGAUCUUCUAGAUGAGGAGCCAAUGGCAAGGGCAGCAGCUAUGGUCCAACACGACAAGCUCAGGAUUUGGUUAGCUGAAGGCUCUUCAUCACGUGCUCUCCUCGUGAACGGCAACAGCGACCUUGGGAGCGCCGAAGGGCAAUCACCUCUCAGUCUUGUGGAUGCAGAACUGGUCAAGAUCUCGGAGAGCAUGGAGGCAGCUUUCGUCAUCAAAUACUUCUGCGGUCUGCAUACACAGAACCUUGAUCCAUCUCCAGCAUCUUCGCCGGUAGGGAUGAUGGCCAGUCUCGUUGGUCAGCUACUGAGUCAGAUGAUUGACAGGGAAAUGGAUGUCGAUGUCUCGUUCUUGGAGAAGUCGAACUGGAAAGAUGUGGAGAGCCACAACCUCUUUGCGCUGUACAUGGUGUUUCGAAAUCUCGUGGAACAACUGCCACCAAAGACACUCCUGGUGUGCGUACUGGAUGAAGUGAGCUUGUACGAAACUAGAAGUAUGGGAGGAGAGACGGAUACGGUGAUGAGACGUUUGACUCGCCUUGUGGCCAAUUCGACGGACGUUACGUUCAAAAUGUUAGUCACUUGUAGAGGUCGGGCACUGGACUUCCAGCAAUACUUUCACCCAGACAUUCUAGAUCUUGAUGAAGACAUAGAGGUGGAUGACAUGGCGAUGUGGAACAUCAAGCAUAUUAGAGGUAGCGAAUGAAUGACUUCCAGAUGUUGA